GGCGAUCCGUGCGACUGUGACGGAGUGUAGGAGCUCGGGGCUGCGCGCGCGUGCCGCUCCCGUAUCGAUCCGCCGGCAGACCGCAUUGCCGUACAUUGCGAGGCGCGGAGGCGGUGCCUCGCCUAGUUUCCGUCGAUUGUCCGCGUGGCUGGCCGGCGUCGGCGACGGCCCGGGCGGCCCUGCGCAGAACGGGCGAGCGGCGCGGGAGCCACCGACCCUCCCGCUGCCAAAACCGGCUCGCUGUCCGCGGCGGACGGCUGUGAUGUAGCCGCGGCCUUCGGACAAAGGACCCGCGGAGACGCGUUCGCGAUGAAGAAGUUCACUUUCAAGGGCGUGCUGGACGGGUUCCGCAGCUCGGUGCAGGCCGCGCCGCGCGGGACCGAGCAGGAGAUCCAGGAGACGCUGCGGCCCGACCACUUCCAGAUCAAAAAGACAUUUCGGCACGGGUUCCCGUUCUCCCCGACGGCCCUGGCCUGGGACCCCAUACAGAAGCUGCUGGCCAUCGGUGACAAAGGCGGCAACCUCAGGAUACUAGGCGGUCCCGGCGUGGACACGCACGUGCGCCACGAGUGCGGCGAGGCGGUGCUGCACGCCAAGUUCCUCAUCAACGAGGGCGCGCUCGUCACCGCCACGGCCGACGACACGCUCAACCUCUGGACCUUCCGCCAGAAGCCGCCGCAGAGGGUGCAGUCCUUGAAGUUUCAAAGGGAACGGAUCACAUGCCUGCACCUGCCGCUGCAGUCGAAAUGGAUCCACGUGGGCACGGAGCGCGGCAACGUGCAUGUGGUCAACAUCGAGACCUUCGCGCUCUCCGGCUACGUCAUCAACUGGAACAAGGCCAUCGAAGUCACGAGGCCGAACCACCCGGGGGCUGUGGUUGAAGUCAGCGACAACCCACUGGACGCUAGUAAGUUAGUAAUCGCGUUCGAGACUGGGCUGGUCGUGGUGUGGGACCUGCGGGCGCGCGCGGCGGAGUGGCGCGGCUCGCUGGGCACGGGCGGCGUCGGCGAGGCGGUGCGCGCCGCGGCGUGGCAGCACGACGGCAAGCUCAUGACGGCGCACGUGGACGGCGCGCUGGCCACGUGGAGCAUGCGCUCGCCGCGACCCAUGUCACUCUCCUACCCUCACGCAAAAGCAAACAAAGAUGGAAAGCCUGAACCUUGCAAACCAAUACUCAGACUAGAAUGGAAAACGGCCAGGACAGGGGAGAGCCUGGUGAUCUUCUCGGGCGGGCUGCCGUCGGACAAGGCGGGGCGCUCGCACAGCAUCACGGUGCUAAACGGCAAGAGCACCACGGUGCUGGAGAUGGAGCACGCCGUCGUGGACUUCGUCACGCUCUGCGAGAGCCCGCACGCCGCCGACUACCAGGAGCCGUACGCCAUAGUGGUGCUGCUGCAGAACGACCUGGUGGUGAUCGACCUGCAGUCGGCCGGCUACCCGUGCUUCGAGAACCCCUACCCCAUGGACAUCCACGAGUCGCCCGUCACGUGCUGCUGCUACUUCGCGGACUGUCCCUCGGAUUUGAUCCCGGCGUUCUACUCGGUGGGGCGGCAGGCCAACAAGAAGCCGGCGGGCUUCAGCGAGAAGCUGUGGCCUAUCAACGGCGGCGAGUGGGCGCCCGCCUCCUGCUCGUACAGCGAGAUCAUCCUCACCGGGCAUGCGGACGGUAGUGUAAAAUUUUGGGACGCGAGUGCGGGCACAUUACAAAUUUUGUACAAAUUAAAAUGUUCUAAGGUAUUCGAGCGGCGCGGGGGCAGCUGCAGCUACGAGGAGGACACGCCGCUGGCCAUCCAGCAGGCGGCGCUGUGCGCGGAGUCGCGCCGCCUGUGCGUGGCGCUGCCGCACGGACACGUCAUACUCUUCAAGUUCAGGAAGACGGAAGUUCAGGCAGAAACGCAUGUAGUCGAAGUCCCCGUGAUUGCAGACGCGGUGGAGGAGGAAACGUCACCGGAAGUGGAAAACAGUCGAUCUGCUUCGUUUAGCAGAGCGGCUGACAGCGUCGACGGGGAGAAUCGGAGGUCGGGGAUGUGGGCGGGCAGCGCGCUGCGCGUGCGCGGCGGCGCGGGCACGGGCGGCGUGCGGCGCGCGCCCGGCUUCCAGGCGGCGCUGGUGGCGCUGCAGCACGGCCCGCCGCACCCGGUCACCGCGCUCACCUUCAACUCCUCGUACGGCCUAAUGGCGUGGGGAGGCGAGCGCGGCGUGGUGGUGGUGGACGUGUGGCGGCGCUGCGUGGUGGCGGCGCUGCCCGCGGCCGCGCUCUACCUGCCGCACCCCGACCAGCCGCAGCCGCACCAACCGCACCAGCCGCACCAGCCGCGCUACGAGCGACGCUCGCCCGACCUCGACCAGUUGGAGGAGUCUCCGGCCAGCCCCGAGCCCGACGACGCCUUGCCCGAUCCCAAGCUCGACUCGCGCCGCAAGUCCACGCCCUGGAAGACCUUCAACCUCAAACGACAGCUCUCUAAAGUCGACCUUAAGCUAAAAGCCGCCUUCGCUCCCGCGGAAAGCGAGGAAAGCGUCGAAAAGGGCAACUCGCAAUUCUACUGUGAAACGGGGCCGGCCGAAACGGCGCCCGAAUCCAAUGCGGACUCGCCGGACAGCGAAGAUGUUGUUGAGAAAAUUGUGGAAGAAGAUAACGGCCAACUGUCGUCGCCCUUGCGGGUCUGCUCGGAUGUCUUCGAGAGAAUGCACAGGGAGUUGCAGGAGAAGCGCUCGUCGGACGUGUACGACCGGAUGCACAAGGAGCUCCAGGAGAGGUGGCAGGAGAAGGAGCAGGGCGAAGCGUCGCCCGAGAUCUCGCCCUCCAACCUCGGAGACGAGGAGAAGGCGACGCGGCCGGACAACCUGCCGCUGUUCGACGAGGACGGCAAGCCGCUGCGGCCGCCGCGCACCAAGGCGAAGAGGAAAGAGGACGCGUCGAGGGAGCAGAGACUCCUGUCGGUGCCCAACAUAAAGUACACGAAGCAGGAGUCGGUGAAGGACCUGCGCCGCAAGGCGGGCCCGCCCGCGGCCGCGCCGUCGUUCGCCGGGAACCUCAUGCGGCGCUUCAGAGAGUUUGUAGCGAGACUUUGCACCGGGAACGAACCUAACCUCGAAGAAGAGCCGACAGAGCGAGUCAUAGAAGUGCCCACCAGGAUAGGCCGCGUAGACAAGCUGGACAGCUCGUUCUCGCGCUCGCGCUCCAGCAGCAUGUCGAGCCUGGAGAACAUCUCGCAGGAGGGCAUCCAGUGCCUCGCCUUCGCCGACAGCUACACGAAAAAGUCUGAUCCCACGACGUUGCUGCCGACGCUGUGGAUCGGCACGACGCUGGGUUCCGUGCUAACGAUGAUGAUCAGCCUGCCCGACACCGAGCUGCGGCACACGCAGCCCGUCGUCAUCUCCACCAGCGGUGGCCCUAUUUUUAGAUUAAAAGGUUCAAUAUUGGCGAUGUCAUUUUUGGACUGCAAUGGUGCUUUAAUCCCUUACUCGUACGAAAGUUGGAAGGACGAUAGUAAAGACUGCAGAGACCGGCGCGAGCGCACGCCCACGAAGCAGGGCUCGGCGGGCAGCCACACGAGCCCCACGCCGGCGUGCGGCGCGGAGGCGGCCGCCGACCGCCAGUUCGUGGUGAUCGCGUCGGAGAAGCACGCGCGCGUCGUGGCGCUGCCGAGCCAGAACUGCGUCUACCGCCAGCAGAUCGUCGACGCGGACUUCGUCGUCAAGUCCGAGAUCGUCAGCUUGAAAGACAGCGUCUGCCUGGUGAACUACCUGUCGACGGGCCACCUGGCGGCCUACAGCCUGCCCUCGCUGCGGCCGCUCGUGCACGCGGACUUCCUGCCGCUGUCCGAGCUCAGCUUCCAGACACAGUCCAAACAGAGGGGUAUCGUAGACCCAAUGCUCUCCAUAUGGGGCCAGCAACUGAUAGUUAACGAGGACACAGAUCAAAUAGCAAAGACGUUCUGCUUCAGCAACCGCGGCCACGGCCUCUACCUCGCCUCCCCCACCGAGAUACAGAAGUUCACCAUCGACGCUGAAUUCUGUCAACAGCUCAACGAAAUGAUCGGCGAGCUGUUCCUGCCACGCGACAUGCCGGAGCCGCCCAAGGAGAGCUUCUUCCGAGGACUCUUCGGCGGCGGAUCCCGCGCUCUGGACAGGGAGGAGCUUUUCGGCGAGAGCAGCGGCAAGCCGAACCGCGCCGUCGCCAAGCACAUCCCCGGGCCGUCGCUGGAGGCGCUGGGCACGCGCGCCAGCACGGCCGCCAGCGAGGUGUCCCGCGCGCACCAGCUCGUGCUGGAACGCGGCGACAAGCUGUCGCAGCUGGAGGACAAGACGGAGCGGAUGCACAUGCAGGCCGGCGAGUUCUCCUCCUCCGCGCACCAGCUCAUGCUCAAGUACAAGGACAAGAAGUGGUACCAGCUGUGAGCGCGAGCGCUCCCGCUUCUAGUGUACAAAAAAUUCACGGAAUGCUCGUCUAGUGAACCCCGUCGUCGCCGCGUACGAACUGGAACUGAUAGGAUAGAAUCAAAGGAUCGGUUGGUGGUCAUGCAGUGGUUCAUGUAGGACCUCAUUCGCUAUGUCGUUCGAACAGUAAUAUGUUUGUGACGUCAGAUUUGACGGUUAUCGUUUUGAGAGGACAUUCGGAGGACGUAGCGAGUCGGGGCCCGCCCCGCCUCGGAGCAGCGCUCCGCCCCAUUAGAGCUUAGCGACCUUCGAAACUUUACUAAAACAUUAGAAUAAUAUAAUUCUUCGUAGGCGUGACUCGACUUAAAUAAACGCACAAACUCAUACUGUCUACAAUGUACACGUACGUUCCCGCCUCAUCGCUGUAACGUUCAAUUAUUUCUGUGCCUCGACGUGCUACGCGCACCACUCCCCGGUCUCCGGCGCGACUCCGGCGACGCCACCGAGUCGUUCGCUCCGUAUCGUGUCGUCGAAAGACGGCUCCCACGAUUUUACCGUUAAAUUAAUUUUUAGAGUCCAAUAGUUGUUAGAGAUUAUGAGACAAUCGUAAUAAAAUGUUAUAGAUCGAGCUCGACGUCGUCCCGUGGCCACAACGCGCGGACGUUACGCACGCGACGGAACGCUCGCGGUGCCGCGCGCACGACGCGUUCGCAUUCCUUCGUGCGAUGUGAUAUUGUAAAUAUUAUUACUUACUAUAUACUUAAUCUUUUUAUACAGUGUACCUUAUAUAUUACUAAAGUAGUGAUUUCUCUAUAUCGCACUCUUCCCGUCUCGCGUCUUCUCCUGUUUUAACACUAUAUUUUACACUUCACCACGGACGCCGCCCGUUGUAAGAAUAUCUAUCGGAAUAAAUUAGUGCUAUUUUUAAAAUAUGGGUUGGCUCUUUUGCCCUCACCCACUGGAGCGUUCGAGUCGUAACUCGGUCGUAUUUGCCAUUCUCGAUGUGAAAUCCGACGGUCUCCUUCGAAGAUGAAGAAGAGGCCUCGAAUUUGACGGCGUAAAAGUUAGGAUUCGAAUGCUCCAGCUUGGCUCUAGCCUAGAGGAUCGGGGUCCUCGUCGAUCGUGAAUCGCAUUAACAUUUGAGUUAGUACGUUAUAGUAUUGAUAAAUAUGAGAUUAUUGAAUGUUGCUACUUCAAAGAUGCUGACGUAGAUGUAACUGUAGAUAGGUGCGGAAUGCGGAUGCGCGACAAAUUAACUAUAAUAGGUAUUGCGAGUGAUGUUCAUGUGUAUAAAGUAUUGAAUAAAUAAAUAAAUGUUAUAAAAUAAAAUGAUUGAAAUUUUAAGCAUUGGAUGACAAUAAUUUUGUUACUAUUUCAAUGGAGAAUUUGUUUAUCACCGCGAGGUGAGUAUUUUAUUAUUUUCUACAUAUUUAUUAUUUUAAUUUUACCAAGUUGUGCUCUGAUUUUUUUACUAUCCUCUCUAAUAGAUCUAUUUUAAUUCGAUUUCAUAAUUUUAUUAAUGUCAAUAUCGGCGGUUGAAAGGUACAGUCUUUGAACCUUUGAUAUACUUUUAAUAAACUCGAUAUAAUUUUAUAUGUUUUUAUUUAUUGCGGUUUUCCGUUUAAUUUACAGAGCAGUACCGCCAUUAUCGAGCUUUAGAAAGUGAUAGUCAUACCUAUGUGAGCUUUUGUCGCUGAUAUGUGAGUCUUGAACACAGAGACGACACUUUACGAAGCCGAAGCUGCCGAUUUAUCUCUUUCUAAAGCUGGAUGUGUAAUGUUCAACUACUGGAUACUGUAACGUUAGUUGCAGUGUACCUCCUUCUCGUUCAUAUGAUCGUUUGUUAUAUUACGAUAAGUUCGUCUAUGAGUAGAUGUUGUCGGGGUGGUCACCACUCUACACAGAGCAAUAGAGCGCGCGAGCCGCUCGCCGGUAGCCGCUAGGCAGUAAGCGAGGCGCUAGGCGCUGACCAGACCAAUCGGUGUCGUGUCGAUGUUGUUAGAUAAAUAACUAUUACUAAAUAAAGCGAUAACUAAUAUAACAUUGUAAAAAUAAUUGAAAAACUAAGUGCACUGUGUAUCGUAUAGAUAGUUUGCGCAGAAAAAGCUCGCUGUAUUUGCAAUAGCUGUAUAUGCUGACUUUAUUUUACCAGAUUUUUUUUAUCUCGUAAUGACAAAAUUCGGUCGGCUGUGUCAAAUUAAACGUCAUUAUCAUCGUCAUAAUCACGGUGUUGAGCCGCCGCCACCCAGCGGCUCCCUGCGACUCGGUUGAUGUCUGCCCGCCCGGCGGGGACGUGUAGCAACGCUGCGCUGUUCUGCUCGUUGCUACUGGAGCAAACCACUUCGCGACCCGCUGAGUUAGUCGGUUACUCUGCUUCUCCUACAGAUCUCAUUUCUGAUUGAUCACGUACAAACUGCAAGCAUAACUGUCUCCGUCUCCCGCUGAUGGAUUUGGAGCUUUAUGAGUAGUUAGAUUGGACCUACAAGGCGUCAUUUUCGUAAGAUUAACCAACAUAAUCGCGAAACUCAACAAGAAAUAACUAGUGUGGUAGGUGUGCACCUACAGCGAGUUGGUUCUGUACGUAGCGUAGGUGUCGGUGUAUCGCAUGGCAAUAAUUGUUGUAACGGAGCGUCGGACGUGUGACGCCGGCUCUCUUCCUCUGUCACCGCGCGCUUCGAAGCUUCUUCGCUUUUAAACUACAAAAGCGUCAUACUUUUGAUCGGUGGUUAGCUGCCUUAAUCGAUUGCUCGGAUCUAAAGUAUGGAGACCUUGAAAAGUGCGGCUAACUCAGUGUCGGCUUCGCAGUCGGAGUGCUGAGUGCCGCAAGUGACGCAUCAUAGACUCUGCGCUCGAUUCCAGGCGGCUUAAAAUUGAGUAAUGCAGAUUGCACCCGGGCACUACACGGGCUAAAGCCGAACCGGGGUUGGCGCACAAAAAAAAAACAGUCAAAUUACGAUUUCAUAAUAGUAGACGAGAAAAAUAGAUCCGAUGUAGGCUCAAUUUAAACUUCAGCUCCAAUCCAAUUUGCGGCGAAUAAUAGCUACUACAAAAAAUUAUGGUAUGCUAGUAUGACUGAUAAAUCUCUUUCAUUGAGUCUGAUAAACAUCUAAAUCAUGGUCAUAGAAAAUUGAACAACCCCGACAGGUUACCAUGAUAUUGCAUUGUGGGGAUCGGGUCCAGAAGGCAAGUGCAAGUAAUAUAAAUAGGUAAAUCAAUUUGAUGACUGAGCCCCCUACUGCGGAUGAGAAAACAGCUAAUAUUCCCCAAACGGUAGAAUAUAAUAUUUCCAUCAAACUAAUCGAUGAGCUAAGAAUGAUCUCGAUUAAACAGGCCUUCUAAUAAAAUAAACUGCUUUCAAAUCGGUCCAUCCGUUUGAGCGCUAUGAUGCCGCAGACAGACACGCAGAUACACACGUUUUUAAAACAUCCCUCUGUUUGCGUAGGGGGUACAAAAUAUCCAUACUUAUCAUACUUAUAGUACGCAAAAGGUUGAGAUGGCAAUCGACUGCCUAUUUAUCGUCUACGAUUUGAUUUGACACAACUAGCGUCGCGUUUCAUCAGAUUGCGUAGCGUGUUACAAAUAUGUUUCUACCUUUACA